CCCCGCUUAAAGUAAUCAUUUUUGUUUACAUCUUGCCGCACCUAUUUAUUAAUCACAUCCUUUGCUAAAAUAUAUGCACAGAGAAGAAUCUCCUCUAUGGGUAUAUGAUUAAUGUCUUCAUGUGUCAGUGAAAUAUGUAUUAAAUAUUAACAAUAUAAUAAUGGUAUCCUGUUAAAAACAAACAUAAAAUAUGGCUGGAACAGAUAGGGUUUCUAUGAACGAUGCCCUAUCGAAUGUGGAUGUGUUAGAUGAACUUCCCCUUCCAGAUGAACAACCCUGUAUUGAAGCACAACCAUGCUCUGUUGUUUACCAAGCAAAUUUUGACACCAAUUUUGAAGAUCGUAAUGGAUUUGUGACUGGCAUAGCCAAGUACAUAGAGGAAGCAACAGUACACGCCAACUUGAAUGAGCUUCUUGAAGAAGGCCAAGAACAUGCUGUUAUGCUAUAUACUUGGCGUUGUUGCUCAAGAGCCAUACCUCAGCCAAAAUCCAAUGAGCAGCCCAAUAGAGUGGAAAUUUAUGAAAAAACCGUGGAGGUUUUGGCUCCAGAAGUUAACAAAUUGCUUAACUUUAUGUAUUUUCAAAGAAAAGCAAUUGAAAGGUUUUCCAAAGAAGUAAGAAGACUGUGUCACACGGAAAAAAGAAAAGAUUUUGUUUCUGAGGCAUAUUUACUAACCCUUGGAAAGUUUAUAAAUAUGUUUGCAGUUUUGGAUGAACUUAAGAAUAUGAAGUCAAGUGUUAAAAAUGAUUAUUCUACAUACAGAAGAGCUGCACAGUUCUUAAAAGUGAUGUCCGAUUCCCAAACAUUGCAAGAAUCACAAAACUUAUCAAUGUUUCUUGCCACACAAAACAAAAUCAGAGACACUGUUAAAGAAAACCUUGAAAAAAUAACUGGGUAUGAGGAAUUAUUGGCUGAUGUGGUCAAUAUUUCUGUUCAGAUGUUUGAAUCGAAAAUGUAUUUAACUCCCAGUGAAAAACAUAUGCUUGUUAAAGUCAUGGGUUUUGGUUUGUUUUUAAUGGACAGUGAACUUUGUAAUAUUAAUAAGCUGGAUCAGAAGAAAAAACUUAGAAUUGAUAGAAUUGAUAGGAUUUUUAAGAACUUAGAAGUGGUUCCACUUUUUGGAGACAUGCAAAUAGCCCCAUUCAACUACAUAAAACGGAGUAAGCACUUCGACGCCAACAAGUGGCCAUUAUCAAGCGGUACAGCCCCCUCUCCUCAGGCAGAUCUAAUGGUUCAUCUUCCUCAAAUAAGGGAGGACCACGUUAAAUACAUAAGCGAGCUUGCAAGGUACAGUAACGAAGUCACGACAACUUAUAAAGAAUGCGGUACCGACGAUGAAAAUAAAGAAACAGCUGAAUUAGCUUUGAGAGGGCUCCAGCUGCUUUCGGAAUGGACAAGCGUUGUAACUGAGCUUUAUUCUUGGAAGCUGUUGCAUCCAACUGAUCAUCAUCAGAAUAAGGAGUGUCCCAAAGAGGCAGAAGAAUAUGAAAGAGCUACAAGAUACAAUUACACUGAAGAAGAAAAAUUCGCACUAAUCGAAGUGAUAGCAAUGAUUAAAGGUCUGCAAGUUUUGAUGGCUCGAAUGGAGACGGUGUUUACCGAUGCCAUACGAAGAAACAUUUACGCCGAACUUCAGGAGUUUGCCCAAGUGGGAUUGAGGGAACCCCUUAGAAAAGCAACUAAAAACAAAAAAGACCUGAUCAGGAGUAUUAUUAUGUCUGUUAGAGAGACUUGUGCAGAUUGGAAUAGGGGUGUAGAGCACCUACAAGAUCCCGCUUUAAAAGGUAAAAAGGACCCUGAUGGUGGUUACAACUUUAAGGUUCCAAGAAGAAAUGUUGGUCCAUCUUCAACACAACUAUACAUGGUUAGAACCAUGUUGGAAUCCUUAACUGCGGAUAAAUCUGGCGGAAAAAGGACCUUGAGGAAAGACAUAGAUGGGCAAUACCUUGUUGCAAUUGAUAAUUUCCAUAAAAUAUCAUUCUAUUGGAACUAUUUAUUGAGUUUCAGCGAUUCAUUACAAAAUUGUUGCGACCUGUCACAGCUCUGGUACAGAGAAUUUUAUCUUGAAAUGACAAUGGGACGAAAAAUUAAUAAAUGCAAUGUUCGCCAUCAACAUAACGAUGAAUGUAACGACCUAAUAACAAUGGAAAAAAGAAUUCAAUUUCCCAUUGACAUGUCUAUGCCUUGGAUUCUUACUGACCACAUAUUAAAAACAAAGGAACCAUCAAUGAUGGAGUAUGUGUUAUAUCCCUUGGAUCUUUACAACGACAGCGCCCUCUACGCCCUAACGAAAUUCCGCAAACAAUUUUUGUACGACGAGGUCGAGGCCGAAGUUAAUCUCUGCUUUGAUCAGUUCGUUUACAAACUUAGCGAACAAAUAUUCGGCUACUACAAACAAUUGGCGGCGAGCAUAUUUUUGGAUAAAAGAUUCCGAGUGGAGUGUGCCGCCAUCGGCGCAUACCUACUGCCAUAUCCGAGGGCCAACAGAUACGAAACCCUCCUUAAACAGAGACACGUGCAACUUCUCGGGCGAUCGAUCGACCUGAACAAACUGAUCACUCAAAGAAUUAACGCAGACAUGCAGAAGUCCUUGGAUUUUGCAAUAAGCAGGUUCGAAGCCGGUGACGUAACGAACGUUAUGGAAUUGGAAGGGCUACUGGAAGUCAAUCGAUUGUGCCACAAGCUCCUAAGUAAAUGGCUGGCUUUGGACGAUUUUGAUUCGAUGUAUAGAGAGGCCAAUCAUAACGUUCUCGCGCCUUACGGCCGAGUUACUUUGCAUGUUUUUUGGGAAUUGAAUUUCGAUUUUCUUCCAAAUUAUGUCUACAAUGCUGCCACUAAUAGAUUUGUAAGAUACCGAGGCAUAUCUUUCGCCAACCAAGUGCAUAGAGAUCGAGCGCCCCAAAUGUCUCACGCUUACACUUGGGGUAGUAAGCCCUUAAAUCUUGCCUACAGCACGCAAUACAGCCAAUACAACGGAUUUGUCGGUCCCCAGCAUUUCCACACCAUGUGCAAACUGCUGGGAUAUCAAGGCAUCGCGGUCGUUAUGGAGGAGCUUCUGAAAAUUGUCAAGAGCCUCAUACAAGGAAAUCUAUUGCAAUUCACCAAAACGCUGAUGUCAGCAAUGCCUAAAAUUUGCAAGUUACCCCGUUACGAUUACGGAUCUCCAGGCGUUUUGGCGUUCUAUCACGCGCAAUUGAACGAUAUUUUACAGUAUCCUGACGCUAAGACUGAAUUGUUUCACAACUUUAGAGAGUUUGGCAAUACAAUUAUAUUCUGUCUUCUAAUGGAGCAAGCUCUUUCCCAAGAAGAAGUUUGUGAUUUAUUACAAGCAGCACCAUUCCAAAACAUUCUUCCUCGCCCUUAUUGCAAAGAAGGUGAAAAAUUGGAAGUAAAACAAAAAAGACUUGAGGCAAAAUAUGCUGCCCUGCAAAUUGUGCCAAAUAUAGAAAAAUUAGGAACAGCAAAGCAAGCCAUGAUAUCGAAAGAGGGAGAUUUGCUAACACGAGAGCGUCUUUGCUGUGGUCUCUCGAUUUUCGAAGUGGUGCUGAACCGUCUGAAGAGUUUUCUAGACGACCCUGUGUGGGUGGGACCGCCUCCAGCUAAUGGCGUGAUGAACAUUGACGAGUGCGUCGAGUUUCAUCGGCUUUGGUCGGCCCUGCAGUUUGUCUAUUGUGUGCCGGUCAGCGAAAAUGAGUACACUGUCGAAGAAAUGUUUGGUGAAGGCCUUAAUUGGGCUGGAUGUACAAUGAUUGUUUUAUUGGGCCAACAAAGAAGAUUUGAAGCUUUGGACUUUUGCUAUCACAUAUUAAGGGUGCAACGAGUCGAUAGCAAAGACGAAAAAGUCAAAGGAAUAGGUUUAAAGAGAAUGUGUGACAGAAUAAGAAGAUUUCAAGUAUUAAAUUCUCAAAUAUUUGCGAUUUUAAACAAGUUUUUGAAAUCCGGGGAAAACGACGAACUAUCUGUGGAGCAUGUAAGGUGCUUCCCACCGCCAAUUCAUCCAUCUUUAAAUCCACAACAACAUUAUCAUGCUCCUGAACAUUUAAGGCAAUGUUAAUUUUUUUUAUAAGUCAUUUAAUUACCUGAUCAUAUUUGAUUAAUUCAAAGCAGUAUGCAAAAAACAAUCCAAGAUUAAAUAUUGGUUUUUAAUGUACCAACUUCAAUAUGGGUUUCUUCUAUUAAAAUUUAAAUAAAUACCUAUCAGUUUUUUUUGCUUUCACUUACUAAAAUUGGUUAUUUUAUAAAGUAAGUAUCUGCUUCAGGUAAAUGAAUAUUUUAAUAAUUUAUUUAUACAUUAUAAAUAUUUUAAAUCUUAAGAUAUGAUAAGGUAUGACUUAAAUCAUACACAUAUAAAAGAAAAGGCUUUCUUGUUCCACAAUAACUGAAUUUUGGUUAAAAACAUCAAAACUAACUUAUGAUGCACUAUUUAAAUGCAAGAAUAAAUUUUGAAAAAGCAUAAGUUUAAAGUAAAUAUGUAUUUCUGAAUGAUUUCAAUUAGAAUUAACAAGGUAGAAUUUUAAAUUAUAGUCAUGUUUGCACUUUUUAUACCUGGAAUUAUUGCUUAUUGUUAAAUUAUCAUAGAGGCCUGUAAUGACUAAUUAAAUAAAGCAUAUGUAUGUAAACAAAUAUUAGAAAUAUUCCCCAACACCAAAACGAAACACAAAGUGCUUAAAGUACUUUGUGUUUUGUUUUGGCGGAAUAUUUCUAAUAUUUGUUUAAAAUAUCAGCAAAGUUCUCCUUUUUCAAGUAUCAACAUGUUUGUAAAUAAAUAAAUUAGGUUUUCAUUUUUAUAGUACUAAAAAUGUUUUUAAAUACAAUGUAACAACUAUUUUAAUUUUAAAAUAAAUGCAU